AUGGGGAUUCUAUGGACGGCACUGUCAGUGGCCCUGGGAUUGGAGAUCCGAGGAGAGAUCAUUCGGGGUCUCCCCUGUGUCAAGAUGCUCAAUCAACUCCUCUGCACCCGACCGGGGAACACCUACCCGGCGCAGCAGAUCGAGCGGUUCAUCGAUGAGAACAAGGCCUUGAUACGUCGGAUGUACGGGGAGUUCGUGGCACCGGGGGAUAUCUUCUCGUUCCGGGGCAAACGGAGCGCGACCGAGGAGUUCUUCUGGCCUCUGGAUUCUUCUGUCGCGGAAGACGACAAAAACUCCACCGGCUCUUCUAAGAGAGUCAAGAGGGCCAGACCGCCUCCUGAGACUUUUUCUUCUGCCACCGAUUCCAAGAGGUACCAGCCGGCUCACUGA